AUUACUAAACAUGAUGAUUUGACAAUGAGCACCGUAAUUUUCAACGAGUGAGAAAAUGAAUAAAUUUAUUGCAUUCGCUGUUUGUGCAAUAUGUAUCACAAUAUACCAGACUAAUGGUCUAAACCUGAUCGACGUACCAAAGGAAUACAUUAGCCGUUUGGAUCUCCGACAUCAACUCUACAGGAGAUACAGGGUCAAACCUUUCAAAGCCUCCAGGUCUCUGCACCAGAUCCAGGCUAGAAGACAAGGUGCUAACAUGGAAGAAAUUAAUAAAGCUAAGGAUAAUACGUUGAAGGAAAAGAUUGGAUUUCUUAUCGAGCAAACAAUUAAUGACGCGAAAAAGGAACUCCUUGCUGUAGAUGAAUAUAAAUCGCAGCAUAAUCGUACGGCGGAGUAUCGAAUAGGUUUCCUCAUGUACAUGGUAAAGCGGUCUCGGGACGUGAUGAACGAGCUGUUCACAGUAGCCGUAAACCACAAGGACGACUGGAAGGCCCUGGACCAGCUGAAGAUCUUCGAGCUGAUCAUCCACACCAACGUGGACACCAGCAACCUCCUGCGGCAGCUGCUGGAGAUUGCUGUACAGGAGACGCCCAAAAAGGACCAAACUGAAGAACGGCUGAGGAGAUUGAGGGUCGCCUUGUUGUAACAAGUUUAUAAAUAAACGAUAGACUUUA